GUGGGCGGGGGCAUUUGGAGAGGCGUUGCCGCAUUCUGUCUUCACUCAACUGACAUUAUAAGCAGCAAGACUGUUACACGGUCUUCACACAUUACUUUCGCUUCUCGCUCUUCACGCCAUCUUGUGACGAAAAUAUUGCGAAUAAAAAAAAUGGCCAACUACAUUCACGUACCCGAAGAGGCUCCGUCUGUGCCCAAAAUCGACGUGACAGUUGAGGAGAGAGACUACAGAACCGGCGCGUUGAAGCUGGUCAAGGAGCUGAGACCGAGCUGGAAACCAUCCGAGGUCAAAAUAAAGUUUUUCACUGACGGGAUCACCAAUAAGCUGCUUGGUUGCUACGUGGGCACGGCCAUGCAAGACGUGGUCCUGGUUCGUAUCUACGGUAACAAGACUGAGCUUUUGAUCGACCGCGAGAACGAGGUGAAAAGUUUCCGAGUCCUGCACGCACACCGCUGCGCCCCGCGCCUCUACUGCACCUUCAACAACGGCCUGUGCUACGAGUUUCUGCAAGGCACCGCGCUGGAGCCGGAGCACAUCCGUAGCCAGUCUGUAUUCAGGCUCAUUGCCAGACAGCUCGCCAAGUAUCACGCCAUCCAUGCUCACAAUGGCUGGGUGCCCCAGUCGGACUUGUGGCUGAAGAUGGGCAAGUACUUCUCUCUCAUCCCAAAGUACUUCACGGACCCUGAAAAGAAUGCGAGGUUGAGCACGGAGGUGCCCAGCCCACGUUGCCUCCGAGAAGAGCUCGUGUGGCUCCAGCAGAGCUUGUCGGUGCUGGGCUCCCCCGUGGUCCUGUGCCACAACGACCUGCUGUGCAAAAACAUCAUCUACAACCAGCCGGCCGGCAAUGUAAAGUUCAUUGACUAUGAGUAUGCCGGCUACAAUUACCAGGCCUUCGACAUUGGGAAUCAUUUCAAUGAGUUUGCUGGUUUGAACGAAGUGGAUUAUAGCCACUACCCAGCACGGCCCUUUCAGCUGCAGUGGCUUCGCUCAUACCUGGAAGCCUACAAGGGGCACAAAGGUCUGAGCAACAAGGUGACUGACAGAGAAGUGGAGACGCUUUAUGUGCAAGUCAACCGAUUUGCCCUGGCAUCACAUUUCUUCUGGGCUCUCUGGGCUCUGAUUCAGGCCAAAUUCUCCACCAUUGACUUUGACUUCUUGGACUAUGCGGUGCUGCGCUUCAACCAGUACUUCAGGAUGAAACCCGAGGUGACUGUGUUGAGCCUACCAGAAUAAACGCCCCCACCCUUCUUCUUCCUCCUGCUCUUCCUCUGGCCUCCACGCCCUGCUCAGUGCCUCUCUUACAACAAACAUAGAGCGCCCUCUAGGGGCACACGCUGGGAAGACUUUUGUUCAGUGCCUGGUGCGACUGGCACAAUCAUCUACCAUUUGCAAGUUAAGUAAAAAAAAAAAAAAAAAAAAAAAAAGAGGUUGUGCAUGUAUUGACCGAACAGCCUGGUCAAAUGUAAAGCAAUGCGUGGUCAUUUCAAUCUCCAUAUUUAAGGCACACUGAAUAAGAGACGGGAGCCAAACAUUGAUUGUUUGGAGACGCCAGUAAGACACUCCCAUGGGUUUUUGGCUAAUGUGCCACAAUAGCCAUGUAGUCAUCCUCUGUAGGGGUGUGUGUGUAUUUUAAGUGUGUUCAGUGAGGGUCAAAACAGAGGCGGAGUAGGCUAAAUCUCUUGGCAAAACAAAGUGGCCGUUUUAGCAUUCCAAGUUCAUCAUGCUGCUUGGCUUUCGUUUGAAAUGGGAGCACUAAGACGAGACCAAAACUGCUUGACUUGUAGCAAUCGUUUAAAUGCGGGCAGGGAAAAUUUGUGACGUCGUCUGCGAAGUGCUGCUCAGGAGGUCAAAACAUGCUGUCGCGUAAGACAAAAAUGGCUGCUAUUGACACACGGACCAACAGACAGCAUUUAGAGGAGGCCUUUGGAAAUACUAAAUGAUAAUCUCUUCGUUCCUUUAAACAAGUCGGCACCAAAGUUGAGCUUUCAUGUUGUAAAUAAUGCACACUUAACAGUUUGAGGGCUUCUGAAAACUAGGUUUGACGAUUACAGCUCUGAAAAAGAAUUAAGAGGCCACUGCAAAAUUGCCACUUUCUCUGAAUAGCUCUUUAUAGGUACAGUAUACGUAUGUGUAUGUAGAAAAUAAAGAUAAAGAUCCAGUGUCUUUUUUUGGUCUAUUAAUCCUUUCUAUAACUAUUUCAAACAUUGCAAUAACAAAUUGAGCUUUUAAAGGAUAAACAGAGCUUCCUGAUUGAAACAUGUAAAUGCAACUCGUUAAUUUUAAGUCCCCCCCCCCGUAUACAUCAAUGCACUGUUCAUUCUUCUCAGCUGACAAAUAGAUGCUAAAAUGUUUGUUUGCCUGUUUGCUCUUUUUCUCUACUUGUCGGAGUUGAGAAAUAAGGUCCAUCGUUCGUGCCAGUGAUUAGAGGGGCAGCAGACAAUGUGAAGUCGCAAAUCUACGCACAUGAGCUUUUGAAAUGUGAAAAUGUUGUGUAAAAGUGGACUGUUUACAUCUCGUAACUGUCACAUUUUGGGAACUGUGGUUUAAAUGCCGUCAUCUCAAAGGCAGGCUUCUUAGUUCUGUGACUUUUUCUCUGUUUUCUGUGGCCAUUGUUGUAUAUUGUUUAUAAUGUACAGGAAACAAAUGUAAUAUCUUUGCUCAUUUGAAUAUUUUUUUUUUUUUAUUAAUGAAAGUCAUGGAAAAUGAAUAGAAGUGAAAGUUGACUUUAAAUACUGUAAACAAACCUAGGGGGGAAAAUAAAAUGUAUUUACUCUUA